AAUGUGAAUGUAACAACGAAGUUGAAGAUAUAGAAAACCAUCAGAGAAGAUCAUGGACUUUGUUAUGAAACAGGCUCUGGGAGGAGCCACCAAAGACAUGGGAAAAAUGUUGGGUGGUGAUGAAGAGAAGGAUCCAGAUGCUGAGAAAAAGGAAGAAGAAAGAUUAGAAGCUAUUCGACAAGCAGAGGAAGAACGUGCAGGAAAAUACGCAAAAAUGGAGGCUGAACGGGAAGUAAUGCGACAAGGAAUCCGUGAUAAGUAUGGGAUAAAAAAGAAAGAAGAAAAGGAAGCAGAGGCAAUGGCAGCCAUGGAAGCUCAGGCAGAGGGGAGCUUGACACGGCCCAAGAAAGCGAUUCCUGCUGGCUGUGGGGAUGAAGAGGAGGAAGAGGAAAGUAUUCUGGACACUGUCUUAAAAUAUCUUCCAGGGCCUCUCCAAGAUAUGUUCAAAAAGUAAUAACAUGAUUAUAUGCAAAAUAACUCCAGGUUUUGUUGCUAAGUGUAAACCAUUCUCAUUAUAAAAUGAGAAUUUAUCAUCAUUCCAGCUAAUUAUAAUUUGACUGCUCACCUCUUCCUGUGUAAUGGCAUGGAAUCUUCAUCACAACAGAAUAUCCAGGACAACGCUGUGUGGCAGUCUUGAAAUAAUCUAAUCUGAUAAGCCAUGUUUAUAGUCAAAUAAAAUCCAGAUAUUUAAUAGUGAAAAGAAGAAACUUGUAUCUUUUUAUCGAUGUGUGACCACUUUGACAUUACAGGGCUCCAGCUAGCAUUGAUUCUUGUAGUUAUUGCUCAUCAUACUAGUUAAAUAAACCAUCAGGUCACAACACUGGGUAAUACCUACAAUACACAGCUCAUUUACCCAGUUUUAGAACUCAAAUUAAACAUUACUAAUGCUGUUAAUAUCAACUUGUGGCAAUUUUCCAAUUUUGGAUAGAACUUAUUAAUGAGUUUAAA